AUGGAGAAUAAUGGUCGAGUAUGCACCAUUUGUAAUGGGAAGGCUUUGGGAGGCCACAUAAAGUCUCACUAUUCCAAAUUACCAAUCACUCCAAAACCUCCAUUACACAAUCUUAGAACUCUGAAAAGAAACAAACCUGUGUUUGAGUUUUAUCCAAAAAACCCAACUGGAAAAAGAUCGAAACGCAUUCGUAGACAAUUCAACGUGGCUAGAGAAAAAGAAAAGACUACCAAAUUUAGUGUGGCGGAAGAAAGAAAAGAGAAUGCACAAUUUAAUGUGGCUCAAGAAAAUGAAGAGAGUACGCGAUUUCAAUUAGUGUAUCAUAAUGUCGAUAUGGAAGCUGCUAAAACACUCGUUAUUAUUUGUGAAAAUGAAUGGCAACAAAUCGAGGAGAAAUACUAUCAAAACAAGGCAAAAUUUUGUGAAAAUGAAUGGCAACAAAUCGAGGAGAAAUACUAUCAAAACAAGGCAAAAUUUUGUGAAAAUGGCACCAUUAAAUUUAAGUGUGAUAUUUGUCAUGAACUAUUUCAAUCUUAUCAAGAUAUUGUUGGACAUGAUAAAAAGCAUAAAUGUAAAUGCAGAAGUACAUAA